AUGGGGUGAAGGACUGUCCAACUACAUCUACGUAUCAGAUAAAGCAGAUCAAGUUUUAUAUUCAACAAUGGAUAGAUAACUUAAAAAUCUCAUCGAUUGGUGAGAUGCUAUUUGAAGAAAUUUGAUUCCAAAGGGUUUUUGUCUUCCAGGUAAGAAAUUCCAACUGAUAAAAGGAAUAAACUGAAAGGAGUUUUAAAGCUCAAUAAAUAUUGAUGAUCAGGCGAUCGGUGGUGCGAUUAUGAGAAACGACAAUGAGAAGAUGGUCUUUGGAAUUCACUUUCCGGUUGAUGCUUCUUCGCCGUUGGAAAUGAGUUGAAGACGAACCUCUUUGCAACACGGUGGGUGAUUCGAGCUUGUGAACUUUCAGGUUAAUUGAUUCUAAUUCCAGAAUGGCCUAGUUGGUGAUUUGGUCCAGUCCAAAUGAUCUAGCUUUAUCAGCUAGACGGCCUACUUCAUGGAUUUAAAUUGGGUAAGGUUUGGUCCCCCACACACAAUUUCUUUUUGUUGUUUGUCACUUGCAUUGUAUCUCUUGAAGAGGUUUUGGUCUAGUCAUUAUGGAUCCACAGAAAUCAUUGUGUUUAAGUUUCUGACAAUUUUUUGUAAUUUCGUGGGGCUCCGUAAGUUAAUGCAAAGAGAAACUGAUAUCAAUAGAGCCUUGGAGCACAGUAGCCAUAGAGGAGCUCAGACAGCAUGCGUCGAUCAUCAACGGUUUCCCUCUCCAAACAAACACUAUAAGCAAUUGAAGAAACAAGCUUACUCAGAGAAACUUUGACCCAUGGUUCAUUUUUCUGAGAUGAUUUUUUAGGACAUGUAACCAAAAGUGAUUGAUGCCUCAAUAUCUUUCGUCAAGACGAUAUUAGGGACCCCAAAUUCAACAGAGCGAUUUGCUAUAAAUCUAGUUGCACUACUUCGGAUAACUGCCUGCCAACAAACAAGUUGAACACACAACUCAAAAUUUACAAAAAGU